AUUUUUACUCCCACAGCAUACAUUGAUCAGAUAUAAUGUCGGACACUGUCAAAAAGCACGGCUUCACCGCCGUCCCCGCAAACCCGGAGACCGUCUUCCAGGACGCAAACCUCAAAGCAAAAGGCAGCCCAGUUACAAUUGCAGUAUCUGAAACACCCACUCCUGCGACUCCUCUGGCACGUAGAGUCGAUGAAUACAGUCGCCAGAAGCUACCCAAACCCGUAUACCUGCACAGCCUACGGGUAUACCACCUCGGACUCGCGAUGAAGCGCUACGUCGCCCCAGACUGGGAGUUCAGUGACGAGACAUACUUCCUAGCAUGUCUGCUGCACGAUCUUGGUGGGACGCCCGAGAACCUACGCGCGACUUUACUGAGCCACGAGUUCUUUGCCGGAUUUCUCGCCCUGGACCUCUUGCAGAAGGACUCUGCGGGCGGGAAUGCGGUGGCGUCGAAGCCUCAGGCGGAGAGUGUAGCAGAGGCCAUUAUUCGACACCAGAACUUGUGUCAGACGGGGAGUCUUACGGCCAUGGGGCAGAUAUUGCAGCUUGCAACGAUAUUUGAUAAUACUGGGGCACACUCCCAUUUGCUUCAUGAUGAUACGAUUCAGGAUGUGAUUAAGCACUAUCCACGCACGGGCUGGAGUUCGUGCUUUGCGUCUGUGGUACGCGACGAGACCACUUUGAAGCCGUGGGCGCACACAACUGUCAUUGGUGGAUUUGGGGAGAAGAUCCUGGCGAACCCUUAUAGUAAGUACGAUUAGCAUGAUAUGAUGUUGGAUGUAAUCAGAUUGAAAUAUUGUACUUAAUAUGGAUUUAAUACAUUAAUUUCGACACGCGCACCCUUCGUGACAUGGGAUGAACCACACCAUGAG